AUGGAAUCAGGAAAUAAUACACGAAUUUCAGAAUUUCUUCUCCUGGGCUUUUCAGAGGAACCAGAACUGCAAUCCCUCAUAUUUUGGAUUUUCCUCUCCAUGUAUUUGAUCACUGUGUUUGGAAAUUUGCUCAUCAUCUUGGCCAUUAGCUCAGAUGCCAACCUCCACACAGCCAUGUACUUCUUCAUCUGCAACCUGUUCUUUGUAGACAUAUGUUUCACCUCCACCACUGUCCCAAAGAUGCUGUGGAACAUCCAGACCCAGAGCAAAGUUAUAACCUAUGAAGGUUGCAUCACACAGAUUUAUUUUUUCACACUGUCUGCAGUUUUGGAUGUCUUUCUCCUGACUGUGAUGGCCUAUGACAGAUUUGUGGCCAUCUGCCAGCCCUUGUACUACACAGUCAUUAUGAACUCCCAAUUCUGUGUAAUCCUGGUUCUAAUAUCCUGGAUCAUAUGUCUCCUGAAUUCUUUGAUACAAAGCUUAAUGGUGUUGAGAUUGUCCUUCUGUACAAACUUGGAAAUCCCCCACUUUUUUUGUGAACUCAAUCAAAUGAUCCAACUUGCCUGUUCUGACACACUUAUCAGUAACAUAGUGAUGUAUUUUGCAGCUGUCCUGAUGGGUGGUGGUCCUUUUGCUGGUGUCCUUUACUCAUACUCUAAGAUAGUUUUUUGCAUAUGUAGAAUCUCAUCAGUGCAAGGGAAGUUUAAAGCAUUUUCCACUUGUGCAUCUCACCUCUCAGUUGUCUCCUUAUUUUAUUGUACAAUGCUUGGAGUGUACCUCAGCUCUGCUGCUUCUCAAAGCUCACAGUCAAGUGCAACAGCUUCAGUGAUGUACACUGUGGUCACACCCAUGCUGAACCCCUUUAUCUACAGCCUAAGGAAUAAAGACAUAAAAAGAGCUCUGAACCAAAUGCUUUGUGCACUUCCUAAAUCUGACUCAGGCUCCUAA